AAUCAAUUGGUCGGUGUGCGUGAGUGGAAAAAGUUCACAGUUCCACAAAGAGAAACGUGAAGUUCCGAGUUCGGCAAUACGUAUUUUGAGUCACUACUCCGAGUGUCUAUGCAAAUUUAAGUGCGGUUCUCCCAAAUCAUCGAGAAGCCAACAGGUCGCCCUCGACUAAAAUAAACACACUAUCGGCAAAUGAAACGGGCGCAACGAAAUCAACUGGAUAACCGAUCAACCGGUUUCGAAAAUUUUCAUCGUCGCACAGUUUUCUUGCCCAUAUAUUUAAAUUGCAGUGAAUCAAAAUAUUUACAAUCGCACACACAUAUAUAAAUUCGGUAGAUAUAUAUGUCGAUUGUGUGAGUUAAUGUUUGUGAAUCGCGGGAAAUAAUAGUUUCGGCCAAGGAAAUUAAACGAAUAAAAACAAAGCCAAAGGCAGACAUAACUGUGAAAAUAAGCCAACCAGACAGACAUGGGUUAUUCCAUUAAGAACUGUGAAACGGGUGAGCUGGAGUACUUCUACACAGACACCGUACGAGUAAAAAGACCCGCCUACGAUGAGGAAACCGGUGAACCGAUCCACGAUCAGAUGAAGGUGCACUUUAGAAAGCACACCAAUUUCCAUGUACCCAAGCACUUCCUCCGGGGAACCAUUUGUGAUGAGAUGGACGAUGUGUUUGCCAACACGGCAAGACAUGGUGCAGCCACCGCAAUUCCUAAAAAGGCUCCCAGGAAGGCAACUCCUGGCUAUGAGCGGGAGGAUUAUUGUCAAAUGGAUGGCGUAAACAACAACAUUAUUUUGGGCUACAACCGAAACCACUACCUGCUGUUCCUGGUGCCCACACUCUUCUGCUAUAAUUUCUUCAUUGGCGCUACUCUGGCCAUCAUCGAGAUCUUCUUGCACAUGGUGUCGCACCACAAGAACAGUCUCACAAUGCAGGAAGGCCUGUACUUCCGGAGUCCACUCCACGUCCUGUCCUCACAAUUCUGCGCCAUUUGCCGAACAGAAUGCGACAGCAAGUACAAUCGCAUCUUUGACAUCCUCAACAAACAGAUGCGAAACUCACAUCGAGCGGGGGCUCUCAAGGACAUGGCCAAGGCCAUUAGUUAAGCUUGGUGGGACUAGCUUCGACAUGGUCUAUAUAUUUUUAACAACAGAAAUGUUUUUGUCACACGAUCAACAAAAAAUAAAUGCACUCGUUUAUCACUCAA